CACAGUACAGGCAAUGAAUUGAAUCAGAAUCACUUUCAUGAUUCAAUUCACUCAAAUCACUGCAGUGAGCUCUUCUUUAAGGCAGCGUGAGAUGCUCCAGGCAGCAAAGUGAGAACAGAAGGAUAGGGAGCAGCACUGAGACUCACCGGGCUCGUACACACGCUGCAGCCAGUUACACAGCACUGGACUUACCUGUCACUUGUUGCCCUUUUGUAAACAUAUAUCCCAUCUUGUUAGUAUAAUACUUACCCCAGGAUAUUAUCGGACCAUGGACACCUCCCGGACCAGUCUGGUUGUGUACUCGGUCCUGUACAUCCUACAACUUGUUAACGCAGCUCGCCCGGGAAGGUUGCAGAGGAGCUGCCCAGUGCCCUGUCACUGCGAGCAGGAUGGUAUGCUGCUGAAAGUAGACUGCUCGGACCGAGGACUGUCUGCACUGCCAGGGAACCUCAGCAUCUUCACUUCUUACCUUGAUAUGAGUAUGAACAACAUCACUAGACUGCCGUCCAACGCUCUACACAAUCUUCAUUUCUUAGAAGAACUACGUCUUGCAGGAAAUGACUUGACAUACAUCCCCAAGGGAGCAUUUGCUGGGCUCAGCAGUCUCAAAGUGUUAAUGCUUCAGAACAACCAGUUAAGACAAGUCCCAAAUGAGGCCCUUCACAGUCUGCGCAGUCUACAGUCUCUACGCUUGGAUGCAAACCACAUCAGUCAUGUGCCACCUAACUGUUUUAGUGGGUUGCUCUCCCUCCGUCACCUUUGGCUGGAUGACAAUUCUUUGACUGAAAUUCCAGUGAGAGCACUUGAAAGCUUGUCUUCAUUGCAAGCUAUGACCUUGGCACUGAACAAGAUUCAUCACAUACCAGAUUAUGCCUUCAAGAAUCUGUCGAGCCUGGUAGUACUCCAUCUCCAUAACAAUAGAAUCUAUUCCCUGGGAAAGAAAUGCUUUGACGGGCUCCACAGUCUGGAGACUUUAGAUCUGAAUUAUAACAAUCUAGACGAGUUCCCUUCUGCUAUCAAAACCCUAAGGAACCUGAAAGAACUGGGAUUUCACAGUAACAACAUCAAGACUAUUCCCGAGCAAGCUUUUAGUGGCAACCCUUCCCUUAUAGCCAUUCAUUUCUACGACAAUCCAAUUCAACUUGUUGGAAGAUCAGCGUUUCAGCACUUGCCGGAACUCAGAACUUUAAUUCUUAAUGGUGCUUCCCAAAUAACUGAGUUUCCUGACCUAACUGGAACCACAAGCCUAGAGAGUUUGACGCUUACCGGGGCACAGCUUGUGAAUCUUCCCAGCUCUGUUUGCAAUCAACUACCCAAUCUGCAAGUACUAGACUUAUCAUAUAAUCGGAUAAAGGAUUUGCCAAGCUUUUCUGGGUGUCAACGGCUUCAAAAGAUUGAUUUGGGCCAUAACGAAGUCUAUGAAAUUAGAUCUACCACCUUUCAGCAACUUUCUGUACUGCGUUCGCUAGACCUGGCAUGGAACAAAAUUGCUUUCAUUGAACCCAACUCAUUUUCAUCACUGCCUUCCCUUAUCAAACUUGAUCUGUCUUCCAAUCAUCUGACCUCAUUUCCUGUCACUGGACUCCAUGGGUUGACUCAUCUCAAACUCACCGGAAAUUCUGCACUUCAAAGUUUGAUUGCUUCAGAACAUUUUCCAAAACUCAGAGUAAUUGAGAUGCCAUAUGCCUACCAGUGUUGUCCUUUUGGUGUAUGUGAAAAUCUGUUCAAACACACAACUCAAUGGAACAAGGAUGAGAACAUAAGUGCUGAUGAUUUUUAUCGAAAGGAAACAGGCAUGUUGCACCUGCAAGAUGAUCGUGACUUUGAAGAUUUCCUUCUUGACUUUGAGGAAGAUGUAAAAGUCCUUCAUUCCGUACAGUGUGCACCAUCACCAGGACCUUUUAAACCUUGUGAUCAUCUGUUCGGAAGUUGGCUGAUACGAAUUGGAGUUUGGCUUAUAGUUUUGCUUGCCUUUAUUUGCAAUGCUUUGGUGAUUGGAACUGUCUUCAGACCUUUAUCGUAUGUUCCAUCCAUAAAGCUACUGAUUGGUCUGAUCGCUAUCAUGAACCUGCUCAUGGGACUGUCAAGUGGUGUGUUGGCAACUGUUGAUGCUUUGACCUUUGGCAGCUUUGCUCAGUAUGGUGCCUGGUGGGAGAGUGGAGCAGGAUGUCAAAUAACAGGUUUUCUAUCUGUUUUUGCAGCAGAAACAUCAAUCUUUCUUCUUACCGUUGCAGCUCUUGAACGGGGAUUUUCUGUAAAAUGCACUACUAAGUUUGAAACAAAAUCUUCAUUUAUAAGCGUGAAGUUGUCCAUUGUGUUUUGCAUUGUUCUGUCACUCGUAAUUGCAGUCUCACCUUUACUAACUGGAAGUGCUUAUGGAACUUCACCAUUAUGCUUUCCAUUGCUCUUUGGGGAUCCCUCCUCCAUGGGCUUCAUGGUAGCUUUAGUACUGCUAAAUUCUCUCUGUUUUCUUGUGAUGACUGUGGCUUAUACAAAACUUUACUGCACUUUGGAAAAAGGUGAGUUGGAAAAUGUUUGGGACUGCUCAAUGGUUAAGCACAUAGCUUUGCUGCUUUUUACAAACUGCAUCCUCUAUUGUCCAGUUGCCUUCUUGUCUUUUUCUUCAUUGUUAAAUCUCACUUUUAUUAGCCCAGAAGUUAUUAAAUCAAUUCUUCUGUUGAUUAUCCCUCUUCCUGCAUGUUUAAAUCCUCUCCUCUACAUCCUCUUUAAUCCACAUUUUAAGGAAGAUAUUGGUGGCCUAAAAGGUGCAGAAAUAUUGUGGAACAGAUCUAGACACACAAGCUUAGUUUCCAUAAAUUCUGAAGAUGCAGAGAAACAGUCUUGUGACUCCACACAAGCUCUUGUGACCUUUGCUAGUUCAAGCUUAUCAUAUGACUUACCGGCUAGCGCAUCAUCUUCUUCGUUAUCAUCAUCAUCAUAUCAAAUGACAGAAAACUGUAAACUUUCAGCAAUGGAAUAUGUUCCAUGUCACUAAAAAAAUUACAAAUCAAUGCUUUUCUAUUUAUGAACAUAAUAGGAAGGUGGGUUGUGUGACAUAAACCUUUAGUAAGAGAAAAUAGUAAUCAAGAUGUCUUUUGAAAGCAUCAACAGCAUUUCAAUUUCAUACAGUCUUUCUGAGACAUAUACUUUGGGGUUUUAUCCUUUAAAGACUUAUAUUUUCUUCUUGCAAUUUCAGAUAGAUCUUGAUUAUGUUAAUAGUUAUCCAUUGUUGACAUAUAGGAGAUUAUGGAUUGGAUUCAGAUGUUAGUGAACUAUGAAUAGGUACAUUUAUUGAGGUAUGUCAGUAUUCCCAACUUGUCAUAACUUUAGAAUUGGACAGGAAAAAACUAAAAAAAAUCCCAUGCCUGCAAAGGCAGGACGUUAAAUAUUGGGAAUAUUAGUAUAAAAACUGCACUCACUCUUUUUUUUUAGGGUGAUAUCUUAGAAUGAACAAAUAGAUAAAAUACAAAGUAAAGUCUGUUUUAUGGAUAUUUAAAUCCUCUAUCAGUGGAAGCUUUAAGAAUCAACCAUAGAUGCCUUCUAAGCAAAUUAUCUACUCCAGGGUUCUUCAAAACAUGGGUCGGGACCCAUUACUGGGUCGCAACACCAUGUUUACUGGGUCACGACUUGUGUGUGUGUUAUAUGAGAGUGUGUGUGUGUGUGUGCUGUAUGAGAGUGUGUGGUGUGUUUGCUGUAUGAAAGUGUGUGGUGUAUGAGAGUGUGUGUGGUGUGUGUGUGCGGUAUGAGAGUGUGUGUUUUAUUUGGUGAUGUGUGUGUGUUACAUGAGAGUGUGUGCAGUGUGUGUGUGUAUGUUGUAUGAGAGUGUGUGGUGUGUGUCGUAUCAGUUUGUUUGUGUUGUAUCUAUGAGUGUGUAUGUGGUAUCAGAGUGUGUAGUGUGUGUUGUAAAAGAGUUUGUGUGUGUUGUAUCUGAGUGUAUGUUGUAUGAGAGUGUGUGUGUUGUAUGAGUGUGUGUGUGGUGUGGGUUGUAUGAGAGUGUGUGUUGUGUGUUGUAUUAGAGUGUGUGUGCUGUAUGAGUAGGGUGACCAUAUUGCCGCUUUAAAAAGGGACACAUAUGAAAAAUACAUAUGUCAGGGCUGUUUUCAGAACUGUUUAAAUAAAUGUUUUGUAUUUUUCAUACGUGUCCCUAUAUGGUCACCAUUUGUAUGAGUGUGUUGUAUCAGAGUGUGUAUUGUAUGAGUGUGUGGUCUGGGUGCUGUAUGAGAGUGUGUGGUGUGAGUUAUAUCAGAGUGUGUGUGUGUUGUAUCAGUGUGUGCGCGUGUUGUAUGAGAGUGUGUGUGUGUGUGUGUUGUAUGAGUGUGUGUGCGUUGUAUGAGAGUGUGUGUGUUGUAUGAGUGUGUGUAUGUGUUGUAUGACUGUGUGUGUGUGUGUGUGUUUUGUAUGAGAGUGUGUGUGUGUGUUAGAGUGUGUGUGUGUUGUAUGACUGUGUGUGUGUUGUAUGAGAGUGUGUGGUGUGUGUUGUAUCAGAGCGUGUGUGUGUUGUAUUAGAGUGUGUGUGUGUUGUAUUAGAGUGUAUGUGUUAUACAACACUUUCAAGUUUGACUAUAACCAAGAGUAAAGAACACACACAUUUUAGUCGCUUUGCCAUAAAUUGCAGCUAUCUUGCUGUUUAUUACUUCAGAAAUGUUCAGACCAAGCAUAAAAAUAGGGUCACAAUGGUAUGUGAUAUCAUUGCACUGGGUCUUGGAUAAAAAAAGUUUGAAGAACCCAGAUCUAGUCUACCAUAUAUAAUUUGGAUUACGUAAAAACAAUUAGCAGACAAUUACAUUAAUGUAUUACUAUGUUUAUUUAGAUUUAAGUCAUUUCAACUGGUCUUCAGUGCUUACCAAGAGCUAAAUUCCAAAUGUUUCAUAUUUGUAUAAAUUAUAGAACAAGGCUAGCAUUUUAACACAAGCAUGCUCACAUGUCUCCUUAAUAAGAUAUGUGCAUGUAAAAAAAUGUUUGUUUCAUAAAUUGUUUGGUAAAAAUAUUUACCAUAACAUUCAAUUUUUAUACUGUAUACAUCAAAUUUUAAGCUCAGUGCAAUAUGAAAAAUAUUUACAAAGUGAUUUCAACAGACAGCUUUAUUUGUUUAGGAAUCUACCCUGGAAAAUCAAAUAAUAUGAUUUGUUUUGCAUUAUAUUAUCAUCAUGCACCAAGAAAUAGUUAACAUGUGAAUCACCAGACAUUGUUAAAUGAAGAAAAAAAUGUUUUUAUGAUAGUUCUCACUCGGAAUAAUGUAUAAACCAUCAACCACAACAUUUAAAGGGCAGCACCAGUGGCCUCCAAAUCCCCAAAAGGACUGCACUAUAUAAUUAAUACUUACAUUUUAUUGGACCUACAUAAAUAUUUAAAUUGUUUUUGUGUGUGAGUGAGAUGGUAGAUGGGG